UCGCCAUCGCCCUUUGUCUAAUGGACUCCUCAUUUCUGGGGGAUCCUCACCCAAUCUCACCUCAUCGCAGACCAGCGUCGCACGCCAUUGCUAGCUCCACCGCCACCGCUAGCGCCACCGCCGGAUCCUCAUAGGAGAAGAAGGCCUUGAGAGAAGAGAAACUGAAACAAGAGGAAAAGUAUAUGUGGGUUAGCCUUGAUGGUGUCAAAGAGAAGCGAUGGAAGCAGAGAUAGUGGCGAAACCUCAGGCUGUGAAUCCAUGCUGUGUUGUGUUGAAAGAGAAAUACUCAAAGCUGGAAGCCUCACGGAAUGCUCUUCGACAAGCAUAUGAGGAGGAAAGGGUGCAGGCUGAUGCUGAAAGGCAGGAGAAAGCAAACGAGUCAGCUAUUCGAGUUUCAUUGGAGAAUGAGAUAUCCUUUCUGAAGUUUGAGAUACUUUCAUUGCAUCAGAGAGGGGGCUCACUAGCUCAAGAUGUGGAUGGGGAAGUAAUUCUUCUUCGAACACGCCUUUCGGAAAUGGAAAUGGAAAUAAAACGGUUCGAGGAGCUUGUCAAGAAAGAGAGAAUGGAAACAGAUUCUGAGAGGAGAAAAGCUGAUGUUGAGAGGAAGGAAGCUAAUGAAGCACAGAAAAUUAUGAAGGCAGAAAAAAGUAGGGCUGCUGAAGAAAGGAGACUUGCUGAUACUGAACGAAAAAAGGUUGAGGAAAAUCGAAUUCAGUUGGAGAAGUUAAAUAAAGUCUGA